GAUACAUCCUCAUUCCAUCCUCUGUCUGUUUUACCUGCUGCUCUUUAUUUUUAAACAGCCUGGUGUUGGUCACGUUCCACCAUAAAUAAGGCGGCUCCUGCCUGGACUUAUCGGGGCAGCAAUGGAUCAGAUGCUCCUCUGUUAGAAGGCUCUUUUCACCCGGAGCUGAUUUUUUACAUUUAUUUUGAUUAUUUCUCUGCGAAGAAAAGACAGGACACCACUCCCUGCUUUCCUCCUCCCGGCUCUUCUGGAUGCAAAUGUCUCCACAUCCCAGACGCGCAGCUGGAUUGUAGCGGCGGCCCCACCGAUGGUUUAAACGGGCGUUGAGGUGCGGGAAGGGAGUGGGACAAAAACAGGAUGAGUGAGCGGUGCAUGCAGAUCGGAAGCAAAGGGGCUCUUCUCGUUGUGGUGCUCGUGAUCGGCGUCCUGGAGCUGUCCUCGUCGACAGAAGCAGCGACAGCAACACACCAUGUCCGGACAGGCACCUGUGAGGUGGUGGCGUUGCAUCGCUGCUGCAACAAGAACAAAAUCGAGGAGCGAUCGCAAACGGUGAAGUGCUCCUGCUUCCCCGGGCAAGUGGCGGGCACCACCAGAGCCGCGCCGUCGUGUGUAGACGCCUCCAUCGCUGAACAGAAGUGGUGGUGCCAGAUGCAUCCGUGCCUCGAUGGGGAGGAAUGUAAAGUUCUUCCCGAUCUGAAGGGCUGGAGCUGCGCUACAGGGAACAAGAUAAAAACCACCAAGAUUUCUGCUGACAGAGACCAGCUUUGGUAACGUCAGAUGCUCCACUGCAAACCCCAGAUGAAACCUGCGCUGCGUUCCGGCGGAUCAUAAAAGGAGACGAGGAUGAUUCAAAGGACCUGGCUGUAAAUAGAGACAUCUUUUAUUCUGGACUAGAAAUAAGCUUUUAAGAACUGAAGAAAUCCUCGUGAGCUUGACGGACGUCGUCAUGAGGAGGACUGAACUUCCUGCUCUGCUUUUUUUAAAGGACUCCCCAUGAUUAGCCUUACUGGACAACAGGUUGAAGUCUCUGAUAUUGUACUGCUUGUAGUGGAACACAGAAACUAACUUUGUCUAUUUUUUUCAUUUCAUGAGAAACUCAACAUCUGCGGCUGGUCGAACACAAAGGUCGUUUUAUUCGGGGGUGGGGGGGCAACGGAUCAAUGUGUCGUAUGACCCAACAGAUUAUCGGGUUCUCCAUUUACUUAUAACAUGUAAUACUCAAAGAAAUACUCUGAAUACUUAAGCUCUUCGCCAUCUUCAAACAAGGCACCGAUCAAACAUUACCGAAAGGAAAUGGAAUCUAUUCACAAUCUAUUUCUUCUACAUUUAGUUUCCUUAUAACCUGUAUUGCUGCUUUAAAGUUCAGCUUAUUUGGUAAGAUGUGUGUAAAUUCCAAAUAUUUGGUUUCCAUCUGGACGAUGACAGUGUUUCCAAAACUGUUUCUAACUAGUUACUCAAGUAUGGUUUGCUAAUGACCUUUAAGUGACUAUCGCUGACACUUCUUUAGCCUGUGUAAGUGAUGACAUUAGUAAUAAACGAUGGUGGUGUAGCUAAA